AUGACCAACUCGUCGAGUACCACUCCUCAAGACUCGCACGUCGGACCAAAGUCAACAGGGGGCAAGGCCUCAGCAGUUCAGACUCCGGCAAACUCGCAUCUGGGGCAGGACAAGCCGGGCAUCUUUGACGAGCAAGGGGCGGUGGGGAAGCAGUUUACACCCGAAGGAGCACUCGGCGGAGCGGCCCAGAAGGUCGGCAGGCCGUUGGACAAGGAGGGCGUGAUCGGCAAGCAGUUCACGACGGAGGGGAGCAUCGGCGGCACGGUGCAGAAUAUGAUGGGCGGAGCGAGCAAGAAGUCGAAUUGA